AUGUACACGAAUGUAUCUCGUAGCGGUUCAUCUUCUACUGUUACCCCUCAACAACCAAAAAUUUAUUUACAAAAUCAGUUAACUCUGUCAAAACCUAGCAGUGAAGAAAUGGAACGUCCGGGGACGAGGAGAGGAGGACGCCCUGGGAGUCAAUCAACAACGACAACAACUCCUGCUGAAGAGGAAAAUAAUAUUACGAAACAAAGAUUUGUGCCAAACACAAAUGGCAGACAACCACCCGUUGUGGAUGUUUGGACUCGUGAUCAAUCCAGUCGUAACAGUGAAUUCGUCAUUCCUACUUCAUCCUCUUCAAAUUCAUUUUACACUAAGCAGCGUCCCAAAGCUUCAGGAACGCCUCCAGCUUCAUCAAUUAACCGUUCUGGCAAUAUCUCAGCCUCGUCUUCUACAAAAAGGCAAAAUGGAUAUCCAGAAUUAAGCGAUCCUGAGAGGUAUAGUUCAGAACAAUUUGAUGAGUCUGAUGAUGAGCCUGAUAAAAAGGAAGAAAAGGAAGAAACGGAAGACGAAGAAAUAAAGGGGAAAAAGGGAAAAGAGGUCGACGACUUUACGAAGCGUUUAAGGGAUUUAGCUAUUUUACGUACCAGAAGUUUACACGAAUCCAUUCGCUCAAAUAUUAUUAACACCGAAGUAAAGACGAAUAACAAAGCCCCAUUACCUCCAAUAAUCCCUACAGGCAGUUUAAAAAGCCGUAGAUCAAGCGAAAACAACAACAACGAAAAAAUUGUUAAAAAUAUUAGUGGAAGCAACAGAAAAGUGCCCUCCAGAGUUGGAAGCCAAAAUUCACAUCCUUCGAGUACAAGAAAAAAUUCAUCAGAGCAAAGCUUUGAGAAACAAUUGCAAUUAGUAAAAAAUAAAUUUGAGGGAAACACUAGUAAAAAUGAAAUUGUUUUGAAGUCUUCUGCCUCCUCUAACUCUUCCAAUUUGUCCCUAUCUCAACCUCCACAAAAUUUAUCGACGUCCAAAUCAUCACAAGAGAUUGAAGCUGAGGCUCAACAACUUCAACAACAAUUAAACUAUAGAGAAGACGAGAAUAAUAAAUCUGUUAAUAAAUCCAGAAAAAAUUCUGGAACAUCUUCAACUAAUUCAAACGAAAGAGAACAAUUAAAUGGACAAAAUUCAAAAAUAACUGAUGAAUUCCAUCAACGACAACGUCGAGCUUCUCAACAGAGGCAACAACAAAAAUCAGAAGAAGAAAGCAUUAUUCAACAAAAAGUUCCCUUAGGUUUUGGAUCGAGCAGUGAAAGGCAAUAAAAAAAAUUUUAAUUUUUGGAAAAAUUUAAUUUCGUACAAGUCCAGCAAAAAGACCCACAUCAAUUACCCCCUUCCCCUUUUAAUAUAUAAAUAUAGA